AUGCCGCCGACUACAUCAUCGAGUGCUAAGAAGUCACCGGCGUUGCGGACGCUGCAAACCAAACUGAGGUCAUACCAGAAUGUGUUCAGGGAUAUCUGCAGGUCCGCCGAUUCUCUUGGGGUGGAAACUACAGCCAGCCAGGUGACGGUUCGACUGGAAAAACUUGAGGAGUUGUGGGAGAAAGUGAACGAUGUAAUCUUGGACAUCGAAACACACGAAGACUUCGAAGCAGAGGAUGACGCCUAUGCUGAACAACAGUCGGAGUUUGGGAAUCGCUACUAUCAGGUGAAGUCGGUGCUGUUAGACAAGAUCAAAGAGCUAGAAGACCCUGCUGUCCUGAACGCCUCCAUCCGAGGACUCGACAUGACACAACAGCCCACCAUAGAGCAUGUGCGACUCCCACAAAUCAAAUUGCAAACCUUCGAUGGCAACAUUGAUGAGUGGUUGAGCUUCCGCGAUUUAUACACAUCGCUCAUCCAUUGGAAAGCGGAUUUACCGGAUGUCGAGAAAUUUCAUUACCUGAAGGGAUGUCUGUCAGGAGAAGCUAAGGCUCUUAUUGACCCACUGUCGAUUACAAGGGCGAAUUACCAGGUCGCAUGGGAGACGCUAACCAAACGUUACAACGAUAGUAAACUGCUGAAGCGGCGUCAAAUUCAAGCGCUGUUUAUGUUGCCUACUCUGGUUAAGGAGUCGGCCAACGAAUUGCAGUCUUUGUUGGAGGGAUUCGAACGGGUUGUUCAGACCCUUGAUCAGCUGGUACAACCCGCCGACGAUAGACAUAUUAGCUUCGCGUCUAGACAAUGGAACCAGGAGAGCUUGGGAACAACAUUCAUUCACCAAGGAGCAGGAUACGGUGAAGGACUUGACCGAAUUCUUGUAAAGACGGAUCGGAGUACUGGGAGCAUUGCCAACUAG